AUGCUAACAAAUAAAUAUUAUACUUAACUUCUCAAUUCAAAUGAUUACUAGAGAUCAUGUGCAGAAAAUAAUACAGCAGAUGAAGUAACUACUGAAUUCAAGCAAUUUACAGCAGUAUAUUAGUACACUAGCUUUACAAAUAAUUUGAUGGAAGGAAAUCUUAAAUUUAUCUCAAAUGGAACCCUAAAGAUGAAAGAUAUGAGCAUUGAGACUUAUUACAUUACGUAUGGAAGAUUUUGUGUUCCUAAAGUUAGUAUUAUUGCUAAAUAACCUUCAGUUAUUCAUUACGUUUAGCAGGGACCUUUCAAGUUAGAUUUAAAUUAAUACAUUUCAGGAGAUGAAAUUUGUGAGGACAAAAGUAGGAGUUUCUCAAAAGGAGGGUAUUUUGGUCUUAGCCCAUUCUCUAUAUUUAACUAUACUGCAAUCGUAUUAUAACCAAAUUAAAUGAAUUCAAUUAUUAAAGAGCCUCUAGUAGUUAGUGUUUAAUAUCCUGACCUUCAGUAACUAUAGUUUAUCGUGAAUGUAGAUUUAAAAAAUUGCUAUCAAUGGUAGUAUGUUACAAAGUUUCUCUAUUAUAAGAUUGGAGCGGAUGCUUUAGUUAUUGAUCUCUUAGGUAGAGAUGAUAAUGAUAUUGGGCCCUUAGUAAGAGCUCCUAAUUCAACUACAAAAUUUUAUCUUUAGUCAAAUGAUCCUAAAGAUGUUACUUAAUUCAUUUUCGAUUGUUAUCUUGUAAAUAAUGAUCCUUAUCGAAAGAUAGAGGAGGAAAUUGUAUCUAUUUAACUUUUUGUCAUGAGCUCAUGCAAUUCAACCUAGGUUAGUUUCAAUUAAACUAUAAAUUACUUUGCAUAUACCUUAGGAUAAGGGGAUCGAGUAAUCGACUUCAUUAAAUUAUACAAUUUCUCAAAUCAAUGCAACUUUGGCUACCAAUUUGUUGUUAAAUAUAAUGAUUACUCUCCUGUCAUUCCUAGUUUUAUCAAAUUUGACAAUUAAACUUUAAAAUUUACUAUAAAUACAGAAGAUGAAAAGGAUAUAAUGCUCCAUUAUUUAAGAAUGAGAGUUACUUAUCUUUCUGGCUCUCAGUUUGUUCUAGAUGAUGACUUAUAUUGGUAUUUAGUUGUAUAAGGUAAAAAUGGAACUGUAACUGACUAUAGUGGACCAUAUAAAUAGUAUUUCCCUCCAGAUUUUUUUGAUCAAUUCGAACCUAAAAAUAUUACAGUUAACAAUACUAAUACUAAUAUAAGCAACAACAAUAACAACACAAAUGGAUAUAAGCCUCCUCCCAAACAAAAAGAUAUUAUUGAAGCCUUCUUUUUUGGGAUAAAACCACCUAAAUUCAUAUAAGAGCUAAAAUCUACAAUAAUCUGUUACUCUAAUUAAAUUACUGAUUAUGAGCUUCCUCAGAUAUCUUCAACUUAUAAUUAAUAACCAUCAAUUUAUAUUCAAAAUGUAAGAUAAUUUGCCAAACUUAUACAAUGA